GGGUUCAGGGCUUCUAAGUCAGGUGAAACUCCCUUAUCCAACUGUGUCAUUGAUGGCUAAUAUGGGUCCACUAGAUGACCAAGCUGCGAAGAAACCCUGUACAUCAAGUAAUGGGAUACUGAGAACAGGAGCCUAUGCUUCAAGUCUUGAUCCAAAUCGUCAUAUGACUGAGGGAAGUUUACUAACAGGGUAA